AUGGCAGCGCGCCACGUGGCGGAGCUGUCGCCGUCCCUUCACAGGCACCCCGAGGGAUGGGAUGCGGCGCUGAUGCGAACUCUAGAGGCGGAUCCUCUAGGGGUGCAUGGUGGGGGGAUGAUCAGUGCAGGGGUGGAUGGGGGAGGAAUGAAUGGCGCAUGGGUGAACUGUGCAGGGUUCAAUGGAGCAGGGAUGCAUGGUGGAGGGGUGGACGGUGGUGGAAUGAAUGGUGGUUGCAUGCAAGGUGCAUCGCCCCCCCACACCUCUCCUGCAGAGCUCCUUUCGUGUGCGUCCACCUCCUGUCUCCUCCACCUCCGCAGCCUCUCCCCCACUCCCACUCCCACCCACCCAUCCCAUCCCGGCCUUUCCUUAUCGCCUCCGCCCGUGGUUCCUCCUCUCUCCCUCACCACCUCCACUGCGCCAGCGCCAGCGCCGCUAACCCCCCCUCUGCCCUGCUGCCCCGCUGCCACAUGCCCAUCUCACACCCCUUCUCAUUCUGUUCGCUCUCAUUCUGCCCCUCCUGUUGCACCUUCCCACCAUGCGUCACACAACGCCUGGGACAUGGGUGAUCUCAAGGCCCUCCAUGAAGCCACCUUCCCCAUCGCCUACGAGUCGGAGUUCUAUUCCAACGUGGUGCAUCACAGGGGCAUCAUCUCGUGGGGUGCGGUGGACCCUUGCCAGCCUGACCAGCUGGUGGGCUUUCUCACUGCGCGCCUCGUGCCGCCUGCAGAGGCGCAGGUGCUCUAUAGCUGGGGGAUGGGGAUAGGGAGGAGGGCGGGUGGUGCAUGGGGUGCGUGCAUGUUCGGUUGCCAUCUCAUGGGGGGCAUCAUCUCAUGGGGCGGGGUGGACCCUUACAAGCCUGACAGGCUGGUGGGGUUCAUAACGGCCCGCCUCGUGCCGCCUGCAGAGGCUCAGGUGCUCUGUGGAAAAGAGGGGGAAUGGGGGAGGAGAGCAGGUGCAGCAUGGGCAUGGGGUGCAGCAUGGGUGGGUGCAGCAUGGGUGGGUGCAGCAUGGGUGGGUGCAGCAUGGGUGGGUGCAGCAUGGGUGGGUGCAGCAUGGGUGGGUGCAGCAUGGGUGGGUGCAGCAUGGGUGGGUGCAGCAUGGGUGGGUGCAGCAUGGGUGGGUGCAGCAUGGGUGGGUGCAGCAUGGGUGGGUGCAGCAUCUGCUGUUUCUGCAGUGUCUACCAACACCUACAUCACCCUUUCUCUCUCUCGACAUGCCUUCACCUCCCACACUCGUUUCUCCCAUCCCCACGGUCUCACUCUCAGGGGGCGGGCGUGCUGCCUCUGGUUCCUCCCUCGCCCCGCCACACCCCAUCGCCCUCGCUCCUCUACAUCCUCACGCUCGGCGUUGCAAAGCCCUACCGCAAGGCUGGCGUGGCAUCCCACCUGGCGCAUCUGCUUCUCUCCCGUGCCGCCGUCUACCUGCACGUGGUCGCAUACAACGCCCCUACUAUCUCAACAACUUUUCUCACCCCACCCCUGCCCUCCCAACCCCUGCCCUUCCUCUUGCCACCCCCCUGUCCCCACAGCAUCGCACCUGGUGCAUCUCCUUCUCUCCCACGCCUCCUCCCUCCCGCACUGUGCGGCCGUCUACCUGCACGUGGUCGCAUACAACGCCGCAGCCAUCCGCUUCUAUCGCUCGCUGCGCUUCUGCUUCCGCCGCCGCCUCUCGCGCUUCUACUACCUCGAAGGGGGCGAGUACGAUGCGCUGCUCUUUGCGCGUUACGUCAACGGCUGGUCACCGCCCGACUCCAGUUGCAAGGGCCGACUCUCCAGCUAUUGCAGCCUGCAUUCACAGCAGCUUCUGCUGCAGUGA